GCAUGAAGCUAACCAAGAUCUGUAGCAACGCCACCUGGCGAGGAGAACCUUUCUAUGGCGGACAAGUUUGAAACAAAAUAAGCCUAGUGUUGCUCACAAAGCUGCAUGAUUGAUGUUAGCGAUAACACUCAUACAGUAGGUUCAACAGUAGAAAAGACAGUAUGACGGAUAUUCAGCUGGAAGUUGCUAGUACUAGUAGAACACCAUCAACAUCUACAAGGUGUAAUGCACAGUCACCAUCACAGAAAGGGAGGAGGGGUUCCCCAAAGUGUGAUUAUGUGCCAAGUACCCUUCCCAACUUUUCACCAAUCACCAGCAGAGUUUCAUCAUCACCACAUACUGAACGAGAUUCUACAAGAUGUCAAUUGUCAAGUUUGAACAGCUCCUUCAGUGAGCGUGAUGUUUGUCGUAUUUGCCAUGGAAGUAACAGUUCUGAGCUGCUGUUGUCUCCCUGUUACUGUUCAGGAUCCGUGGGUAAAAUCCACCUGUCAUGUCUGCAGCGAUGGUUGGGCAGUUCUAACAAAACUAGGUGCGAAAUAUGUGACUUUCAGUUUACUCUCAAAAGGAAAACUAAACCAUUCAAAAAGUUUCUAGCCAAUCCUGGGUCUCCACGUGACAAGAGGAACAUGAUUUGUGAUCUGGUUUGUUUCUCCCUACUCAUGCCUCUCACCAUCACCACUGCCUGGCUGUGUAUAUCCAAUGCUGUCCAACUAAAUCUCCAUGUGUGGGAAAGUGCAGGCCUCGUCUCCCUUGCCCUGUGUCUCAUUAUCAUUUUUUUUGUAUGGACAACUAUCUGCUUCAGACAAAAUUUCAACAUGUGGAAAGACUGGAGUCAGUUUAAUCAGGAUGUCAAGUUAAAGUGUCAACCUCCACCAGCCUCACUUGAUUCCCAGACAUAUCAACCUUCCGGGGUCAGAGGUCAUACACAUUUGACCUCUGUAGAAAUCCCGAUAUACAGACGACAACUUCCAUCAAGUCAUAGGUCUCCACCACCUGUUAGGAAUACACAUUAUAAGGAUACAGGCACAACCUCACCUCUGACACAAGGUAACCACUGUAACUGGUCAACAGAGAUGAAAGGUGAGAGGUCAAGGAAUGAAUGCACAAGUCCAAGAUCAGGUUGGAGUGCAAGAGCAUUUCAAGAAUCAGUAGUUCAAAAUCCUACUGUAAAACAAGAGCUUUUUCCUGAAAAGAGAGUAAAUACUGAUGUAGAUCAAAGGUCAAUUUCACCAGCUCGUUGUAACUUAAACACAUCUAAUGAUCCUAAAUGUCUUGACAAUGAACAAAAGAGAAGGAAAUGCUUCAGUCCGAGACCCCAGUAUAUACAGGCAGAACACAGGGAACAAAUUCCCAGGGUGAAAAGUAAUACACUGUCUGACCAAAGGUCAAGGUCACCUUCUUCAGGGAACCAGAGCAAUGACUUUAAAAGUUUUCAUCAGGAAAAUAUGCAUAACAAAGGUCCAAGAUCUCCAAAUUUUGUCAGGAAACAAGAGUCAUCAGAUCAGAUUUCAAGUGUAAGGAGCAAUGCAUCAUCAGGUGGAAGUUCAGUGGUACACACUCUGCCAUCCGUUACUGGUUCAAGUUCAAGGUCAAUUGAGCUCAUUCAACAAGGUCGGAUGCCGAGAUCAUUGAGUAACCAUCCCAGAGAGAUAUCGACAACUAGAGAGAAAGUAACAAGUGAAAUGAAUGAUCCUAAUCAUUACAAUCAGUACAGAGGGGCAAGAACAGAAGGGCAUGAAGCAUAUGUUUGAAAAUUUAUGAAAAGUUCUGCACUGAACAAAAGGAUUUCAUAAACGACAAAAUUAGUUUAAAGAAAGUACAUUUUAAAAAAUUAAAACAUACUUUGAAAUUGAAUUGUCAUUUUUGAAUGAAUUUGCAAAUGCUGAAAUAUUCUUUGUCAAAACUAUACGGCAGAAAUAAACCUUAAUUGUUAGAGGACAUUAAUAUUUCCUUAUUAUUCAUAGUAUAUUUUCAAAUACUGUUGUGUUUUCUAUUUUUGAUAAAUGUACUACCUAGGUAUCGUUAAUUUCCUAGGUAAGUAAAUACACUUGUGUUAUUCAUUUUCUACUGUUAUAAAGAUCUAUCAUGUUGUUUUCUCUGUUUAUUGUUACAAAUCAAACAUUAUUCAUUAUCUGUGAUAUAAUCUGUUUAUUGUUACAAAUCAAACAUUAUUCAUUAUCUGUGAUAUAAUCUGUUUAUUGUUACAAAUCAAACAUUAUUCAUUAUCUGUGAUAUACCACAAUUACAAAUGUAUAACCUCUUUGUAAAAUGCUUAUACAACAAUAUUGUGAUUUGUCUACUGUAUACUAUAUAUAGAUAGGUAUCUUUCCGUAUUAAACAAGACACUUUAGACAGUCAAACAGAUGAACUCAGAUGAAAUAAAGAAACAUGUUUAGUUUUAAAAGUGUAACUAUUUAUCUUAGAAAUGGUUGUUUUUGUUUGCAGGCAUUUUUUAAAGAGAUUUACUGUUAGUUCUGUAUUUAUGUAUUGAUAAAGUCUUUGUGAUAAAUAUAUUUUUACUGUUAUAUACUGGUCUGGACUGUGAUAGAACAAAAAUAGGGAUAUAUGCCACCUUUAAAACAUGUACAUGUAAUCGCAUUGGAUUAUGAUAUUUCUUUCCAUUUCUUUAAAGCUAUCUUGGUGAUUCCACACUCUCUGAUGUUGAUAAUGUAAUUCUUGCUCUUAUAGAAAACUCCUGAUGCCAUCUAAUGUACCUUUUUAUGUUCAGAAAUAACUGAUUCCAUCUAAUGUACAAAAUGUACCUGUAUAAGUUCAGAAAUAACUCCUGAUGUCAUCUAAUGAACCUGUGUAAGUUCAGAAAUAACCCCUGAUGCCAUCUAAUGUACCUUUUUAGUAAGUUCAGAAAUAACUGAUUCCAUCUAAUGAACCUGUAUAAGUUCAGAAAUAACUCCUGAUGUCAUCUAAUGAACCUGUAUAAGUUCAGAAAUAACUCCUGAUGUCAUCUAAUGUACCUGUAUAAGUUCAGAAAUAACUCCUGAUUCCAUCUAAUGUAUAUGUAUAUGUAUAUGUAGGCUCAGAAAUAACUUAUCUAUUAUCUUUUCAUAUUGAUGCAGGUCUGUGAUAUAUGCAAAACUACUUGACAUUAUUGAUUAAAAACAUUCAACAUAUUUGAAUAUCUGUACCCUUAGUAUCUUUAAAAUUAAAAGCAUACAUAGUUGUUGAUUAAAAUAUUUUGU